AUGGGUUCAUAUGAUGAUUAUUACAUGAAUCCAAAAUUUGAUCCCCAAAAAGUUACCAUCGCGCAGCUGCGUGAAAUAUUAGAUGCUCAUAAUGUACAUUACACUAGUGGAGAAAAGAAGGCGGAUCUAAUAAGAAUAUUCAAUAAACAUGUCCGACCACUUAUACCAUCUUUACGAGAAAAGAAAACUCGAGCUUCAAAAAUAAAAAACGAUCCAUUAAAGACCGACUCUGAAAUUAAAGAGACUGACUCUGAAAUUAAAGAGACUGACUCUGAAAUUAAAGAGACUGAAAUGACGAUAUUGUCAACUUACAACUUAGAAUAUAUUUCCGUCAAGGAAUAUUUUCACCAGGGGCUUCCAAAUCGCACUAUUCUUGGAAUACUGAAGCUGAAAAUGCCAACUGAGCUUGUUAAAGCUCAUGAAACAUAUAAAAGCCAGAACUUUCUUAAUCGCACACAUAGGAUGUUCCAUGGAACAAAAUCUCUUUGCAAUCCCCAACGAUUUAUCGAAAAUCCACAAGCAAAGUUUUGUAAGAAAGGAUGUGGAGUAUGUGGAAUCGCGCAAGAAG